UAAACCACGGCUAACACUUCUGGCCAACAUUAUAAAUGGCCAAGCAUCUGGCUUCUGGUGGCUCAUUCGCAACAAAAGCCAAUACCAAUUCGCAGAAGCCUGAACAAAAUCGCGUCGCGAUCGCUUCGAACCGUCGGUGAAAAGUUAGAGAUAUUUGUUUCGGUGUCUGAAAUAUAUGGAAAUAAGUUCGACAGCUACAAAAUAUGAAACAAGGAUCUGUCAGUUGUCUUUGAAAAUUUGCCCAGACUCAUCAGGUUCCUUGAAUAUUCGCAAAAAUCAAAAAAAGGCAUCAACAUUGUUGCGUCAUGUGUUCCAAAGCAUUGCUGCUCCUGGCCGUCAUUCUAGCUGCUCGCUGUUUUGGUAGUGGCUCUUCCAGACGAACGCUCGCCAUGGCCUGCGAGGAGACGAUGGAAUCGACGCCGGGGCUCAAAAACAAUAGAUACGGCUAUAGAAGCGCCACGGACAACAACUACAACGAUUACAACUACAAGUGGGAGCACGGGGAUGUGGACGUUGAUGGCAUUGCAGAUAGCAACGAGGACGACAACAAUGACAACUAUAACUACAACAAAGCACCGGCCAAAUGGCAGCAGGAACAGCAGCAAAAACUCUACGGAAAUCCCAUCCACAGCAUAUACGACAGGCAGCAACAUCGACAACGGCAGCAGCAGCAGCAACAUGAGCAGCAGCAACAGCAACAGCAGCAGAAACACCAACAGCAGCAACUCGAACAGCAGCAACAGGGAUUGGGCAUGGGAACUGGAAUGGGAAUGGGACUGGGACAGUUUGAUGAUGAUCCAGAGAAUGCUCGCAACGACUUCCGUCUGCAAUUGUCCGACUUAAAUGCGGCCGUUCAAGGUAUGGGCAGGUUUGCUGUUACCCAGGACCAGGACAAAGACCAGGACAACAGCAAUAGUAAUAGCAACAGCAAUGGCAACAGCAACAUCAAGGACAACAGCAACAUCGACUGGCUGCAGCCGACGGAGGAGCAGGAGCAAUUGUUGCUGGCGCGUCGCAGCCGCAGCAGCAACAUCAACCAAAGGUCAGCCAUGGAUGAAGCAGAGGGAGCAGGGGAAUCAGGUCAGCCCGAGUACACCAACAAUGAGUUACCAUCUGGCGGUCUAGAUGAUGUGGACAUUGAGGGCGAGGAGGAUUACGCAGGUCAGGAGGAGGACGCAGACGAACUGAGUUCCCAGCUGCCCUACGGGAUACAGAACGUGCGCAAGCGCCGCGUUCGCAGUGUAAUGCCACCGGUACCGUUUCUGGGUCCCAAUCCCAGCACAGAUGGGGUGGUCACCUAUCAGUCGUUGUGCCCCACAAAUCGGGUGACCGUGAAGUUGGAAAGCGGCGAUUACCGUCCCAAUCACUAUGUGGAGGUUACGUGUGCCCACAGCUACUCACCGCAGCCCUCGAGGAACUACAACUAUGAAUAUGGUUACAGGGGCAAUGAACUGCUCCGAGCUCUGCUCUCCGAGCGAAGCGAGAAACGAGAGAUCUGCUCCGCAACGGGCUUCUCGUGCAUCCAGCUCAACCGCACCAUCCAUCUGAUUCGACUGAACGACGCCUCCGGCUGCUGGGAAUCGGAGACGCGGACUGUGCCCUCUGGUUGUGAGUGCAUGUGGCCGAAGCAUAGCUACGGCGAUAUAGCCUUCUACCAUCAGGCGCAGAAGAGACGGGCCGGCGUGUCCGCUCUGCGACCCCAUGCACCCAUCAAUGUAGAUUACAGGCCUGGAGUGGGCUACCGCCAGCUGACCCUGAGGACGAGGAAUCCCAAGCCAGCUCCUCGCAGUCGACGCGAGGAUAUGGGCUAUGAGAGCUACGAUUUCAACUAGUUUUGAAGGAUUGCGCCUAAUUGGAUUCGCGUGCUUAUUUUGGUGGUUUAGCAACUAAGUUUGAUCCGCAUAAAUUAUUUUUCGCUUUAGCUUAGCAUUUAGAGUGAAGAGAGAGUCCCUUAGUAAUGGUGUAUAAAAUAAACGAACUACAAUGGAG